GCUCUGCGCGCUCCGCCUCGCCAGGUGCGCCCCGCCCCCUCCCUGACCGGCCACCUUCGUUAGCUGCUCGGAGGAGGCCGCCAUUGGCUCCAGCGCCCACCGAGUGUUUGGAAGUGUGGUGGGGUUCUGAACCGUGAGAGAGUCGCUGAGUGUCGCCGGGGGCAAGGGGCGAGUGAGGGGCGGACAGAAGCAUCGUGGGCGUAGGAGGCAGAGUGUCCGCACACCGAAGGUCCGACGAGGGGGACUCUCCCAGGAGACUUCGGCAGGGGCGCCGGCGCAGCACCUCGCAGACCCUCUGGGAGCGCCCGCACCUGAACACGAGGCUGUCCAGCGCGCGUGCGCGGCAAGGGUCUUCCCGCACCUGAUCGCGAGACCCUAACGGCCAGCGGCUCGAGGCUUCUCCUGCGCUGCCGGGUGGAGCCCGUCAUGGCGCAGCUGUGUGGGCCGAGGCGGUGCGGGGCGCUCCUCGCCCUGCUGGCCUCGCUGCUCCUCUUCCGGGCUGAGGCGGCCAACGGAGAACGUGGCGUCCACGACUUUUGUCGAGUUCCGAAGAUAGUGGGAAGAUGCCGGGCCUCCUUCCCUAGGUGGUGGUACAAUGCCACUGAUGGAUCCUGCCAGCAGUUUGUGUAUGGUGGCUGUGAAGGGAACAAAAAUAAUUACCUGACCAAGGAGGAGUGUCUUGAGAAAUGUGCUGGUGUCACAGUUUCCAGAAGGCACGAUUCUGAUGACCUCUCCAGUGAUGUUUUCGACUAUGAAGAAUAUUGCACUGCCAAAGCAGUCACUGGGCCUUGCCGUGCGUCCUUCUCACGCUGGUACUUUGAUGCAGAGAAGAACUCUUGUGACAGCUUCAUCUAUGGAGGGUGCCAGGGCAAUAAAAACAGCUAUCUCUCUAAGGAGGAGUGCAUGCACAGCUGCUUUGGCAAGCAGUUGUAUCCUGUCCUGCCCCAUGGCUCUAAAGUGGUGGUCCUGGUGGGGCUCUUUGUGAUGGUCCUGAUCGUCUUGCUGGGCGCCUCCGUGGUCUGCCUGAUCCGGGUGGCCCGGAAGAACCAGGAGCGCACCCUCCGCACAGUUUGGAGCUCUGGGGACGACAAGGAGCACCUGGUGAAGAACACCUACGUCCUGUGAAGGCCCUACCAGCCAGAGGCCGCCCUUCCUUAGGCCUCCCUGCUGAUGAUGAGAACCUGGGAAGGGAGGGGACACAAGUGUAGCAUGCGUGUGUGCUUUUUAAAAUAGAGUGAUUGGUUUGUACUUGUGCGAUCAUUAGGGCUUCAGGUCUGUUUGUUACUGCAGAAGGUAAGAGGGUUGCUUCCUGCUCUCCCGGCUGGGUCUGCUUUGGGAAUCCGCUCGGAGGAGGGCUCUGCCUCACCCUGCAAGUGCCCUGGCCCCAGAUCAGAGUCGGCUGCUCUUCAGCUUAGUUCUUUGCUCCAGGUCUUAGUUUUUUUUGGCUUAUGGUGAAUCCUGUAGCAUCCUUUCCCAUCACAAAAGUAAUGUCUUAAUAGUUUCCUUGUUUGAUUUGUGUGUUUUUGUUGUUGUUGUUGUUUUUUUUUUUUAGUAAGCAGAAACAAAAGGUUUUUUUUUUUACUAGGAUUCUGAAAGGAAGAGAAGAAAAUGUACAAGUUUAAUAAAAAGGGCCUUCCCUUUUAAAAUAAA